AUGAUUUUGCGACGAAUCUUGACGUGUUUGCUGUUAUGUUUUGCUACAGUAUUGUUGGCACAGGAUGAGAAUGAUGUCACCGAUGAUGGUAAGUGUUUUGGCAUGGUUAAUAUAAGUUUUUUGGGGUUUAUUUGGCUAAAUCUUUGAGAGUUUUUAAAGCCUGAUGUUAUUUUUUGUUUUUAUAGUUUAGUAAUCGUAUAUUUUGUUACCUAAAAGCUUAAAAAUACUAUGAAUGAUCUUUUUUUAGAUGUUUAUUCAAAAUUCCAUGUUUUUAUAAGCACUUUUGGCCUAGUUUUACCUAAUUUUACAUAACCUAGGCUCUACUUUACUAUAUUUUAUAACUUAGCAUCAAAAUUACCUUAUUUUAGGCACCAUUGACCAAACAGGAGAUGAAGACGUAGUAACCAAUGCCAAUGAAAUAGAAUUUCAAUCACAAGACGAAGAAGAGGAAGAAGAGAACAAUGAAGUGUCAGAAGGGUCGGCUUCGGUUCCAACUGCUCCACGAGCUGUAGCUCCCCCAGCAUCAGAUCCGCCUAGAGACGACGAUGAUCAAUAUUCGCUAGGGGCUCCUGAAGCUGUUCCUAUACCUGGAGGACCGGUCGGACCACCUGUAUAUGCUCAAGGGAAGCAGGAAGUGGCACCUGCGGUAAGAAGUUUUGAUUUUUUAUGGUAUAAGUUACGGUAUGGUUAGGGUAGGUAUUAUAAGGUAAAGUAAAUUAAGGUCAGGUAUGUUAGGGUGGGGUAGGGUAGGGUAAGAUAGUAUAAAUUAGGCUAUGAUAUCUUUACCUAAAGUACUAUAACAUUAACUACAUUAGUACAAUACACGAUUUUAGAGACUAACGUAUGAAGAACAAGCCCAAGUAGAUCAAAUCCGAGCUCGUUUGAUCCAAAUUGCUCAUGAGCAUAUGCAACAAACUCUUCAAGGUCAAGUCAACGUUCUUCAACCUCCACCAACUCAAGGUCAAUGCUGCGAACCUAAGCCAAACAACGUCGGUCCUAAUAUAGUACGUCCACCAUCUGGUCCAGACUACAAUCGACAGUACCAAGAGUACUAUAAUCGCUAUCGCCAACAGUCGAACACGCCUAGGCCUAGUGUUAAGCGCUUGAGAAAGGUGUUUGACAUCCCUGGCUUGCCUGAACCCUUACAAGACUUUAUACCAGAACAAGAUGGACCACUAGAUCUACCUGAAUUCCCUAUAUUAACCAAGCUUGGCAUUCCAAUUGAGUUCCAAAAACUUAUCAUACCUCUCAUCGCUGCCAUUAUUGGCGCGGCUGGAGGGUUUGGCGGUGGUGUGUUAGCUACAAUUGGGGCUUAUUUUAAUAACAUUGAAGCGGCCUUUGGAGGCAAUCUAGGAGCAGCGUUUGCUUUUGGUGCUAAGAAUAGAAAUGACACUGAAGAUAUUAAUAUUGAGCUGCUGGAUGGAAACUUGGAGCUGCUGAAUGCGCUGAAUGAUACUGUUAAGGAGGAGAAUACAAAACGACCAAAGUUGAGGGCUUUGAGGAAGUUUAAGAAAAUGAACAAAAAUGCCAGAUUUCGAAACAAAAAUUGA